AGACCUGUGUGGUCAGCAGCAGGUACCCAGACGGGUGCUUUUUAAAGUACGCGACGUAACGGAAUUGAAAUCCAUCAGUGGGGGGACAAAGGAGUGGGCAAAAUAAAAAAAGGGAGAAAAAAGUUUCUUGGAAAUUGUGAGCUCCAACAUUUCUUGACACUCUCGGAUCUUCCAGCCCGCCUUAAACAUGGAGUUAUCGGAUAGCACUUUUUCUUUCGCCGGCGCAGAUGACUUUUACGAUGACCCCUGUUUUAACACCACUGACAUGCACUUUUUUGAGGACCUGGACCCCCGGUUGGUACACGUGAGUUUACUGAAACAGGACGAUCAUCACCGUAACGAAGACGAGCACAUUCGAGCCCCCAGCGGCCACCACCAAGCCGGCAGGUGUCUUCUGUGGGCGUGCAAAGCCUGCAAACGCAAGACCACCAACGCCGACAGAAGGAAGGCGGCCACCAUGAGGGAAAGGAGGAGGCUCAGCAAAGUCAACGAGGCUUUCGAGACCCUCAAGAGGUGCACGUCCGCCAACCCGAACCAGAGGUUACCCAAAGUGGAGAUCCUUCGAAACGCCAUCAGCUACAUCGAGUCUCUGCAGUCUCUUCUGCGGGGGCAGGACGACCACUACUACCCGGUCCUGGAGCAGUACAGCGGGGACUCGGACGCGUCCAGCCCCCGGUCCAACUGUUCGGACGGAAUGAUGGAUUUUAACGCCCCUCCUUGCAACUCCAGGAGACGGAGCAACUACGACAGCGCCUACUUCAACGAAACACCAAAUGAUUCCCGGAGCAAAAGCGCCGUCAUUUCCAGCCUGGACUGCCUGUCCAGCAUUGUGGAGCGCAUUUCCACGGACACGUCGACUUCAGAUGUUGGCAGUGCCCGAGCACGCGAGCGAGGGAGUCCAUCUUCUCAAAGUGAAGGCUCCGUCCUGAGCGAGGCCGCUGCCGGUGGGCCCGUGCCGUCUCCGACCAAAUGCCCAAAGCUGCCUCACGACCCCAACCCCAUUUACCACGUGCUCUAUAAGAUGUGUUCUGUAGUCCUAAAACAGAGACACUCGGGCGAAAGCAACUGCGACAUUCUUCACAUUGCGAUAUUCCUCCAAAGACUGGACCUUCUUGUGAUGACGAUGACGAUGAUUUUUUUUUACUAACUACUGAUACAUGAAGAUUUUGACCUUUUGUACCAAUUCAGUGUUACGAAUCCCAAAUUCCUUAAACGAGAAGUGCCUUUAGAGCGGAACCCACGCAGCCGACUUAGUGAACGGGAAUCGAACGAAUGCACGAGAAGGCUGCGCCCCCCCCCCCCCCCCCCCCCCCACCCCACCUCACCUGCUGUUCUGAAGCGCCCACCUGUCACAGGUCUCUGAAUUCCGGACACUCGUAUUAUUCACCGAAUUGUGAUCGACACUCCUGAUCUCAGGCCCAACUCCAGACCAAAACGGUAAAGGGAGGUUUGGGGGGGGGGUAACCUUAAAUGCCAAUGGGGCGCGUGCUGUGAUUAAAGUCCCCAAAAAUCCCAAAAGUAUACUGGAUAGCGUGGGUGGACGGGGGAACUCAACAUGAUAUUUGGGGGCUGAAUGACUCCCCUGAACCCGGGCCUGUUUCAGUUGGUGGGGGACGCCAUUACUAGC